GAGGCAGCAGAUGCAGAAGGCUUGGAUCCUACAUCACUGUGAUGGUGCUGCUGGAAAGCGAGCAGUUCCUGGCCAAGCUGACCAGGCUCUUCCAGAAGUGCAGGCCGUCGGGCAGCAUGUUCAUCACCCUGAAAAAAUACGAUGGUCGAACUAGAUCCCUUCCAAAGAAGGGUUCUGUGGAGGGCUUUGAACCUUCAGAUAACAAAUGUCUGUUGAGAACUACUGAUGGGAAAAAGAAUAUCAGCACUGUGGCGAGCUCCAAAGAAGUGAAUAAGUUUCAGAUGGCCUACUCAAGCCUCUUGCGAGCUAACAUGGAUGGGCUGAAGAAGAGAGACAAAAAGAGCAAGAAUAAGAAGACCAAAACGGCACAGUGAAGGGGCACCGAUUCUCUACUUUUACCAGCUAACCAACGAGUUGUUAUUUUUCCUUUGGUUUCUAUUUAUGGCCACAAAGCUAGGUUUUUGGUUCCCUUGCUGGCAGCUUAUUUUCAUGUGAGAUGACGGUCACUUUGGAGAGAGGAAUGUUACAGUUUACAGGGCAGUCAUGGUAAGAGACUAGUUUAUUUAGAUCUGUGCCACAUGGUUGUGUAUUCUUAGAUUAGUUUUCAAAGGCCUCCAGUCACUCCCCUGAAGAGCAAGGUAUCAUUAAAUGUUUGUUUCCUAACAUAGUCUCUUACUUGUUCUUUUUCUCACCCCAUUUUAAUAGUUCUGGGAAU